AAGCAAAAAAUCUAAAUCCUCAAUGCUAUGUGUUUCAGGAGAGCACUCCAUUUGCUGUGAUUGGGAGCAACACGAUAGUUGAGGUCAAAGGUCAGCGGGUGAGAGGCAGACUUUACCCAUGGGGCAUUGUGGAAGUGGAGAAUCAGUCCCAUUGUGAUUUCGUCAAGCUGAGGAACAUGCUGAUUCGCUCACACAUGCAUGACCUGAAAGACAUCACGUGUGACGUGCACUAUGAGAACUACAGGGCACAGUGCAUACAGCAGAUGACGAGCAAACUGACUGAUAACCGCGUGGAGAGCCCCAUCCCGAUACUACCACUGUCCACCCCGGACGUAGAGACAGAAAAGCUGAUAAAGAUGAAGGAUGAAGAGGUCAGCCAGCUGUUCAGUUAUCUAGUCAUUACAGUUCUUUAUAAAUCCGCCACAAUCAGGGCCUAAAAGAUUUUACUACACUUG